AGUGAAUAUUGACAGGCAGGCAGUGGGGAAAGAAGACAUGACGCAGGCCACCGGGGUAGCAGCCUGGCUCUGAAGUGGAAUUAUGUGCUGCAAACAGGUCGAAAGAGGGGAACAAAGAGCUUCUUCCUGCUUUCAGGCAUGAAUCAGGUCACGAUUCAAUGGGAUGUAGUAACAGCUCUUUAUAUAUUCUUCAAUUGGUGUCAUGGAGGAAUUACAAAUAUAAACUGCUCUGGCCGCAUCUGGGUAGAACCAGCCACAAUUUUUAUGAUGGGUAUGAAUAUCUCUAUAUAUUGCCAAGCAGCAAUUAAGAACUGUCAACCAAGAAAACUUUAUUUUUAUAAAAAUAGCAUCAAAGAAAAAUUUCAAAUCAAAAGGAUUAAUAAAACAACAGCUCAGCUUCGGUAUAACAACUUUCUGGAACCACACGCCUCUGUGUAUUGCACAGCUGAAUGUCCCGGAUAUUUUCAAGAGACACUGAUAUGUGGAAACGACAUUUCUUCUGGAUAUCCACCAGAUGUCCCUGACGAGGUAACCUGUGUCAUUUAUGAAUAUUCAGGCAACAUGACUUGUACCUGGAAUACCGGGAAGCCCACCUACAUAGACACAAAGUAUGUGGUGUAUGUGAAGAGUUUAGAGACAGAAGAACAACAACAAUUUCUCACCUCAAAUUAUAUUAACAUCUCCAUUGAUUCAUUACAAGGAGGCAAGAAGUAUUUGGUUUGGGUCCAAGCUGCAAAUGUACUAGGCAUGGAGAGGUCAAAACAACUGCAAAUUCACCUGGAUGAUAUAGUGAUACCUUCUGCAUCCAUUAUUUCCAGAGCUGAGGAUAUAAAUACUACAGUGCCCAAGACCAUAAUUCAUUGGAAUAGUCAAACAACUAUCGAAAAGCUUUCCUGUGAAAUGAGAUACAAGGCUACAACAAACCAAACCUGGAAUGUUAAGGAAUUUGACACCAAUUUUACACAUAUGAGACAGUCAGCAUUCUACUUGGAGCCAAACACUAAGUAUGUAUUUCAAGUGAGAUGUCAAGCAACAGGUAAAAGCUACUGGCAGCCCUGGAGUUUACCCUUUAUUCAUAAAACACCUGAAAUAGUUCCCCAGGUCACACUAAAACCAUUUCAACGUGAUUCUCAGAAUUUUGGGCUUUUAAGUGCUUCCGUCUUUAAAGGACAUCUUACUUCUGGCAACAGGCAACAAGACAUUGGAUCUUUAUCAGGAAUGGUCGUCUUUGCUGUUGUGUUGUCAAUUUUUUCAUUGAUUAUAAUAUUUAACAGAUCACUCCGAACUCGAAUUAAAAGAAGAAUCUUAUUGCUAAUACCAAAAUGGCUUUAUGAAGAUAUUCCUAAUAUGGAAAACAGUAAAGUUGUGAAAAUGCUACAGGAAAAGAGAGAAUGUAUGAAUAAUAACUCCAGCGAACAAGUCCUAUAUGUUGAUCCAGUGAUUACGGAGAUAGAAGUCUUUCUUCCAGAAGAACAAAAGCCCACAGACUCCAAGAAAGAAAAGAAUACAGGAUCCUUGGAGACAAGAGACUACCUGCAAAAAUCACUACUCACCAAUGCUACAGUUGUGUAUAUUCCUAAUCUCAACACUGGGUAUAAACCCCAGAUUUCCAAUUUUCUCACUGGGGAAAACCAUCUCAGCGAUAAUAAUAAAACAGCUUCCUCAACUCUCAAACCACCAGUUGAUUCCGUAGACCUGGGAAAGAAUGCCCAAUUUAAAAAGUACCCUAAUUUUGCCUUUUCUGUCUCAAGUGUGACUUCGCUAAGCAACACAUUACUUCUUGAAGAAUUAAGCCUCAUUUUAAAUCAAGGAGAAUGCAGUCCUCCUGACUUGCAAAACUCAAUAGAGGAAGAAACCACCAUGGUUUUGGAAAACGCUUCACCCAGUGAAACUAUUCCAGAACAGACCCUGCUGCCCGAUGAAUUUGUCUCCUGUUUGGGGAUCAUGAAUGAGGAGUUGCCAUCUAUUAAUUCUUAUUUUCCACAAGAUAUUUUGGAAAGCCAUUUCAACAAGAUUUCACUCUUGGAAAAGUAGAGCUGUGCAGUCAAAAUGAAUGUGGGAAAGCUGCCUUGCAAUCUGAAAUUGGAUCUCCUCACUUCAACAUAAAUUUAAUUCU